AAGCAGACCCGAUGGGUUUGUCAUUGAGAGAAAGAACUGUGAUUUUGGGUAAUCAAAUUGAUGAUUUCGUUGCCGAUGCCAUUAUCAGUCAAUUGCUAUUGCUGGAUCCUCAAGAUCCCUGGUGGGUCUUUAAGGAAUCUUCAGUGCUACAAUGGCCAUUCUUGGUCGUCAGACGUUUUCAUUGUUGAACUUGGAAUUGCUGCAUCAACAGCUGCAAUCAUUCUCAAUGGCAGCAGCAAAGGGAAACGUUUUGCGAUGCCAAACACACGGAUAAUGCUUCAUCAACCUCUUGGUGGGCAAGUAAUCGAUGUGGAAAUCAAGGCCAAAGAAAUUAUGCACAACAAAAUAAUAUCACUGGAAUUAUCUCCGGUUUCAUUGGUAGAACUUUUGAACAAGUUGAAAAAGAUAUUGACAGUUGAUGUGUAAUUCAAAUUCCAAAUAACAUUUCAUAUUACCUAACAUGGAUACAAAUGUAAAAGAGUCUGUUCCACAAGGAGCAUUAGACAAGUUGAACCAGUAUUUCCUUCUAGUA